AUGACUUUAAAAUCAUCUAAAAAAAAGUUAAAAAUAGAGGAAAAUGAAAUAAAUAAAAAAGAAGAUAAUGAUGGUACUCCAGUUACAACAAAUAAUAGUGGGGCUAGUGCCAAUAAAUCAUCAAAAUCUAAAAACAGUUCUUCUAAACCAAAAAAGAAAAAAGAAAAAGAAUUGGUUUUUAUCAAUGAAAAAAUAAAGGAUAGUAACCCCAACCAUCAAAAAACACCCCAACCGCCAUCACAACAGCAACAAUAUCAGAAUCCACAAGUCCAAAAUUUCUCUUUUCAAAAUACAAAUUUUCAAAAUGUGACAAAUCCUUAUCAAUCAUCUUUAGGGUAUCAACAAAUAUAUAAUGUGGUACCAUCUCAAAUAUUUUCAAAUAAUAAUAAUAAUAAUAAUAAUAAUAAUAAUAAUAAUAAUAAUAAUAAUAAUAAUAAUAAUAAUAAUAAUAAUAAUAAUAGUAAUAAUGUAAAUAAUGAAAAUGUAAAUAUAAACAAUAACUAUAAUGAUAUCAUUAAAGAAGAUAGUGAAAAAGAAAAGAAAAAAGAUAAGAAAGAAGAGGCUGAAGAUACUGAAGGUAAAAAAGAUAAAAAGAACUCAUCAUCGGUGCCAUCAAAAUCUAAAUCAAAGUCAAAAUCAAUUUUAGAUGAUACAGAAAAGAUUAGAAUUGUUGAUCAAUUGUUUGAUGAAUUUAUAAAGACUGCAUAUGCAACAGAUUAUAAAAUCAAUUUUAAGGCCAUUGAAUUGUUUGAAAAAUCAGAAGAGAAAUAUACCAACUACAAUAAAAAGAUCAUGGAUUUAAUAGAAGAUAAUAGCAUUGGUUUGUCACAAUUUAACAGAAGUCAUUUCGAAAAGAUUGGUUAUGAUUCAACAUUUAACAAAGUUUUAACAUUACCAUACGAUUGUAUUAUCAAGUUAUUUAAUAGUUUUCAAAAUUCUAAAAAUGAAUUGAUCAGACUCUACAUUGCUUUACAAUUUUUUAUAUUUUUUGAAAAUAAGCAAUCAUUCAAAGAAACCAAGCAAUACACACACUAUGGAAUUUGCAAAAGAGUUGAAGUUAAUAUCAAUUGGAAAGAGUACUAUGGCUUCCUAAUAAAAGUUUUCAUUGAUCCAUCAAAAUUGGUUUUUCAAACAUUAUCUCAUCUGGGUUAUGAUAAAGUUAUUUUAUUUGAAAAAUUAUAUUAUAGCGAAAAUAAUUUAAAUAGUUUAUUCUCAAAUUUUUCAAAUGAUGAAAUCGAAUAUAGAUUAAAGAAAAUGUUUAAUAAAUAUAUCUAUAGUUUCCCAUAUCAUUUAGAAGACUAUAAUCCAAAAACGGAAUCACAAUAUAAAUUAAUUUUAAGAUUAAAGGACAUUUAUAUAAAAGAAAAAGAAAUUAUAAUUGAUAGAAUUAGAUUAAGAUUAACAAAAACAAAUGAAAAAAUAAAUAAGUCACCAUUAAAUAAUUACAAUAGUAAUAAUAAUAAUAUUGGUAAUGAUAAUGAAGAUAACCCAGAGAAAUCAGAAAAAAAAGAAAAGAAGGAAAAAAAGGAAAAGAAAGAAAAGAAGGAAAAAAAAGAAAAAGAGGAUAAGGAAGAUAACGAUGAACAUGAUAAUAAUUUACAAAAUACAGUAAAUCAUUUAAUAGAAUUAUUUAAUAAUACUAUAUCAAGUUAUUUAGAAAAACAACAACAGCAACAUUUUAAUAAAACAUCACAAUUUUUAGAUAGUAGUAAUAAUAAUAGUAAUAAUAACUUUUUGAAUUUCAAUGGCUAUCAAUUACAACAACCACAACAGCUUAUAAUAAAUCAACAAUCAUAUGAACAUAUUAAAGAAGAAGAGUUAAAAGUUAAUAAUUUAAUAUUUAAUAACGACACAAUUAAAAAAGAAAAAGAAUUCAAUAAAGUUGAAAAGAAGAGAAAGAAAUCAAGUAAAAAAGAAAAGAGUCCAAUUGUUGAAAUACCAAAGUCUGAUUUUGAUUAUUAUACAAUACUCAAGAGUUCACCAUUUGAAAAUAUUUCAAGUGUUUUUAAAAGUCUAACUAAAUUAGAGUUACACUCCCACGAUUAUAGAAUGGAGUCAUGUCAUUUAAAUAAAUUUAAUUUUCAAAAGAGCGUUCAUACCUACCCAACCGAAAUUCCGAAUUUAAAGUCUUUAAAAAUCAUUGGUCAUUCAUUCGAACAAGAUAAAUGGUCUGGUUCCUUCAAAGGUUUAGUAGAUUACAUAUUGGUAUAUUCAAAGUGCCGUUUGACCGACUUCUAUUAUCUCUAUUUGAAACACUAUAAGAGUUGUUUCGAUAAUCCUUUAAUCGACCUAUUACUAAAGUACCAUAGAAAUACUUUGACAACUAUCUCUAUUGACACUUACAGAUUUUGCAAAGAACAUUUACCAUCAACUUCAAAAAUUUAUGAAUAUCCAAAAAUCAAACUUUUAUUAUUGGAAAAUAAUUAUGAUUUUACAAGUUUAUAA